CAGGCGGCCUUACAGGGAGCGGCGACCGGCGACUCCAGCUCUGGCCAAUAGCGAGCUCCGUUACAUGUUUAUCUUAUUGCUCCGCGCUGCUCGGAGCUCAUCAGCUGAGCAAUAGGGUCCUGUUAGCUGGCACAUCGGGAGCGGGACCUGGGGCCAUGAUUAUUACUGGGUGGGCUAGCAGUGUGUAGUGACUAGUUACUGGGAGGGCUAGCAGUGUGUAGUGACUAGUUACUGGGAGGGCUAGCAGUGUGUAGUGACUAGUUACUGGGAGGGCUAGCUGUGUGUAGUGACUAGUUAGUUACUGGGAGGGCUAGCUGUGUGUAGUGACUAGUUACUGGGAGGGCUGGCUGUGUGUAGUGACUAGUUACUGGGAGGGCUAGCAGUGUGUAGUGACUAGUUACUGGGAGGGCUAGCAGUGUGUAGUGACUAGUUACUGGGAGGGCUAGCAGUGUGUAGUGACUAGUUACUGGGAGGGCUAGCUGUGUGUAGUGACUAGUUACUGGGUGGGCUAGCUGUCUGUAGUGACUAGUUACUGGGUGGGCUAGCUGUCUGUAGUGACUAGUUACUGGGUGGGCUAGCUGUCUGUAGUGACUAGUUACUGGGAGAGAUAGCAGUCUGUAGUGACUAGUUAGUUACUGGGAGGGAUAGCAGUCUGUAGUGACUAGUUAGUUACUGGGAGGGCUAGCAGUGUGUAGUUACUGGGAGGGCUAGCAGUGUGUAGUUACUGGGAGGGCUAGCUGUCUGUAGUUACUAGUUGGUGCACCAGGGAGGGCUAGCUGUGCAGCAGUGACUGGUUGGUUACUGGGAGGGCUGGCAGUGUGUAGUUACUAGUUACUGGGAGGGAUAGCAGUGUGUAGUGACUAGUUACUGGGUGGGCUAGCUGUCUGUAGUGACUAGUUAGUUACAGGGAGGGCUAGCAGUGUGUAGUUACUAGUUACUGGGAGGGCUAGCUGUCUGUAGUUACUAGUUACUGGGAGGGCUAACAGUGUGUAGUUACUGGGAGGGCUAGCUGUAGUUACUAGUUACUGGGAGGGCUAGCAGUGUGUAGUUACUGGGUGGGCUAGCUGUCAGUUGUGACUAGUUAGUGGGAGGGCUAGCUAGCUGGGUGGUGCUAGCUGUCUGUAGGAGGGCUAGCUGUCUGUAGUGACUAGUUAGUUACUGGGAGGGCUAGCUGUCUGUAGUGACUAGUUACUGGGAGGGCUAGCAGUGUGUAGUUACUAGUUACUGGGAGGGCUGGCUGCCUGUAGUUACUAGUUACUGUGUAGUUACUGGGUGGGCUAGCUGUCAGUUGUGACUAGUUAGUGGGAGGGCUAGCAGUCUGUAGUGACUAGUUACUGGGUGGGCUAGCUGUCUAUAGUGCCAGUCGACGCAUUAUUGGUCGCUUGAACUAAGUGUGAAAAGAUGAGCAGCCCCUCGCCGUCCAGAUCUGCAGGGUCUCCCCUAACACAGAGCCUAAAAGCACGGGAUAACAGCACUGCCAUGGCAGCAGCCACUCAGCACAUUAUAAAAGGUAUGGCAGCUAUGUGACUGUCUGAGAGCAAGCAGAGUGUGAGUGUGGUCACAUAACAGUGUCAGGUGAGUGUGAUUGAGGGCAUAGUGCACAGAUAUGUGGAGUGUAAGAACAUUAUGAAGUAGUGCUAGAUAUUGCAGUGGUGGGGCACAUUUUUAAUUGUAUAGUGUUAGCUCUCAUUGGAGUGGUUGGGCACAGUUAUAAUGGUGUAGUGUUGGAUAUCAUUGGAGUGGUGAGCACAGUUAUAAUGGAGUAGAGUUAGAUAUCAUUGGAGUGGUGAGCACAGUUAUAAUGGAGUAGAGUUAGAUAUAAUUGGAGUCGUGGGGCACAGUUAUAAUGGUGUAGUGUUAGCUAUCAUUGGAGUGGUGGGGCACAGUUUUAAUGGUGUAGUGUUAGCUAUCAUUGGAGUGGUGGGGCACAGUUUUAAUGGUGUAGUGUUAGCUAUCAUUGGAGUGGUGGGGCACAGUUAUAAUGGUGUAGUGUUGGAUAUCAUUGGAGUGGUGGGGCACAGUUAUAAUUAAGUAGCGUUAGAUAUCAUUGGAGUCAUUGGGCACAGUUAUAAUGGUGUAGUGCUAGAUAUCAUUGGAGUGGUGGGGCACAGUUUUAAUGGUGUAGUAUUAGCUAUCAUUGGAGUGGUGGGGCACAGUUUUAAUGGUGUAGUGUUAGCUAUCAUUAGAGUGGUGGGGCACAGUUAUAAUGGUGUAGUGUUGGAUAUCAUUGGAGUGGUGGGGCACAGUUAUAAUGGUGUAGUGUUGGAUAUCAUUGGAGUGGUGGGGCACAGUUAUAAUUAAGUAACGUUAGAUAUCAUUGGAGUCAUUGGGCACAGUUAUAAUGGUGUAGUGCUAGAUAUCAUUGGAGUGGUGGGGCACAGUUACAAUGGUGUAGUGUUGGAUAUCAUUGGAGUGGUGGGCACAGUUACAAUGGAGUAGCGUUAGAUAUCAUUGGAGUGGUGGGGCACAGUUACAAAUGGUGUAGUUUUAGAUAUCAUUAGAGUGGUGGGGCACAGUAAUAAUGGAGUAGCGUUAGAUAUCAUUGGAGUGGUUGGGCACAGUUAUAAUAGUGUAGUGUUAAAUAUCAUCAAGGAGAGAUGAUGAGGGGCCCCUCCUAUUAUUCUUGCAUCAGGGCCCUGUGGUUUUUAGUUACAUUGAGCCUGGGCAGGGGAGUAUUUGCUUCCAUAGCUGAGAAUUCAGACCUGGUGAGUGUUGGCCCAGGCUCAUGGUGUCCCCCCCAGCUAUACACAGACACGGUUGUUUACACCUGUGGUUGUGCAUUUGUGACUGCAGCUUUCUACGUACAAUCUAGCGUCAUGCACUUCAAAAUAUGGACCAAAACUAGUGAUGUCCCGAACGGUUCGCCGUGAACGGUUCCCUGCGGACUCCAGUCAGCAGACACAUUCCAGCCAAUCAGCAGCAGAUCCUCCCACCUCCUGGACAGCUCACUAAGAAUGCAGCUUCAAAAUGGAUGCUGUCCAGGAGGUGGGAGGGAGGGUCUGCUGCUGAUUGGCUGGAAUGUGUCUGCUGACUGGAGUCCGCGGCGAACCGUUCGGGACAUCACUAACCAAAACCUGUUGCUUUAGCACUUCCACUUGUCCUGCCAUAAAAGUUUUUUUUCUAUCUCUGUCUAUGUAUGACUGGUUUACUUGCCUAUAUGUUUUAGGGAAAUAGACUAUUUGUAAAUAUAUUUUGUUUCUUGUACAGAUGUUGGAGAAAUUCAUUCCAGAUUAUUGGAUCACCGUCCCUUUAUUCAGGGUGAAACACGGUACUUCAUUAAGGAGUUUGAGGUAAAUCUAGUUUGUUUCAAUAUUGGUGAUUUUUGAAUAUUCUACAGUAAAUAACUAAAAUUGCAUAGAUAGGGAUUUUUUUUUAAAUUGGACAUCAUUUUAAAGCAUAAUGGUUAACUACUACGUGGGAAAUUGCACACAAGCAGGACUGAUCAUGAAGCCGGGAGGGUUGGCUUGUGUGUUAAUAAAAUACUUAGGAAGGCAUGUUAUAGAAGAGCAAUUUAAUAUUGUAUGUAAUGACCAGUCCACCUGAAAAAUAAAACAAAGGAUAACCAUCCUUUUUUACUGGUUUGUUGUAAAUGUUGAAAAUUCCUCUCGUUAUUUUCUAUGCAAUUACUGUGCAUAUCUGAUAAACCCUCUACGGGAGAGGUUUAUUGAAUAAGUAGUCCAGCUUUCAGCUAGGUGGCUAGUAUUAACCUGGUAAUAACUUUAUUCAUGGUUUUCCUGAACGAGAGUAUUUGCAUGUCAAUGAUUUCCACUCAGUGGGCUAAAGCUGCACCGAUACCACCCCUUUUGGGCCCGUGGUUGUUAUCCCCACUGCCCUGUUCUAACACAAGAUAUACACUGCAGCUGCACACAGCUCGCCCCUCAACCGCAGCGACACGCAUCAAAAUGGCGGAUACGCUAUACUACUGGAAGCAUAUUCCCACGCAGUCUGUGCAAGUGCUCCAUGGAGCGAUCCCUGCAGAAAUUGGAUGCAAUCUACCAGCGAUUUUAGGACACCCUGGCUGUGAGACAUACCACAAUCCUGACUUCUGAGGCAGUCUGUGGAGGCGUCGGACAUGGGAAGAUCAAGGCCACUCUGGGCAUAGCUGUUCCUCAAGCACCAGUUACACCUAAGGUACACCCACCUGGGCUGAGGGCCAUCAGGGGAUCAACAUCAAAGCAUCUACUACGCAGGCGGAGGAUCACCCGUCUUUUCUAUGUAAAGUGUACCCUGGUAUUGCUAUGUCCCAGUCAUUUUUCUCAUUAUACCAUGUCUUAGUAACGGCGACUAAAUCUACAUUCUCAGUUGCCAUUAUUGCCACAAGUUCAGUGAAAUGAUCGUCUGGGGUUGCUGUGUCUCCCGUGCAGAGGGAACUUGCUGGCAUUUCGGAUCUGGUCUGCCUGUAUGGGUGGGACCAGUCUGAUAUGUUUCAGAUAUGUUCUCUCUGUAAUGGCAUAAGAUGAGCAAAAACCAGCUUGAGUUCUGAGCGGGGACCUACCGAAGUGCAGGCUAUUUCAGUUGCUGUCCGUUCUCAGAAUACUCUUGUGACCCAUUUUUUUGCUCUCCACAAGUUCAUGGAUCUUAUUCCCUAAAUUGCAAGCAUUUGUGGACAUGACUCUAAGCUUAUCAUUUUUUAACACACUUGCUACAGGCACCUCCUGUCCUUGUUUUAUCACCCUUUUACUCUUCCCCUCCACCCCACUCCUAGUUUAAAUAAAUCCUAGCAAAACCUCUGAACUGAAUUGUUCCCUUUUGAGAAAGACGCAAACCAUCUUUUUUGUACAGUUUAUUUCCAUUCCAAACAGAGCUAACAUGAGAUAUGAAGCCAAAUCCUUGCUUCGGACACCAUUCACCAAGCCACAAGUUAAAGUCCCACUUACCACCACAAAUAUCAAAUAGUGAUGUAAAUUAUACUGUAAAUAUCAGUGUACACACAACUCCCAGUGAUGGAAAAUAUUGAUAUAAAACAUGAAUUAUACAACCAUAUCAAUUGUAGACACUGAGAUUUUAAAAGAUACUUAAAACAGAAUAAUAAAACAACAUGGUGUGAACUUUUUAACCCCUUAGUUACCGUGGACGUACAGGGUACGUCAGCCAAAAAACGGUUAACGUCCGCGGCCAAAAUGAGGGCUGGAAGCAAGCCGCUCUAAGGAUAUUACAUGAUUCCUCGAUACCGAUAUCUUAUAUACACUGCCCAAAAAAAAUAAAGGGAACACUUAAACAACACAAUGUAACUCCAAGUCAAUCACACUUCUGUGAAAUCAAACACUUAGGAAGAGUGACAAUCAAUUUCACAUUCUCUUGUGCAAAUGGGAUAGACAACAGGUGGAAAUUAUAGGCAAUUAGCAAGACACCCCCAAUAAAGGAGUGGUUCUGCAGGUGGUGACCAUAGACCACUACUCCGUUCCUAUGCUUGCUGGCUGAUGUUUUGGUGUGCUUUUAAAUGCUGGCGGUGCUUUCACUCUAGUGGUAGCAUGAGACGGAGCCUACAACCCCCACAAGUGGCUCAGGUAGUGCAGCUCAUCCAGGAUGGCACAUCAAUGCGAGCUGUGGCAAGAAGGUUUACUGUGUCUGUCAGCAUAGUGUCCAGAGCAUGGAGGCCCUACCAGGAGACAGGCCAGUACAUCAGGAGACGUGGAGGAGGCCGUAGGAGGGCAACAACCCAGCAGCAGGACCGCUACCUCCGCCUUUGUGCAAGGAGGAACAGGAAGAGCACUGCCAGAGCCCUGCAAAAUGACCUCCAGCAGGCCACAAAUGUGCAUGUGUCUGCUCAAACGGUCAGAAACAGACUCCAUGAGGCUGGUAUGAGGGCCCGACAUCCACAGGUGGGGUUGUGCUUACAGCCCAACACCGUGCAGGUUGUUUGGCAUUUGCCAGAGAACACGAAGAUUGGCAAAUUCGCCACUGGCGCCCUGUGCUCUUCACAGAUGAAAGCAGGUUCAAACUGAGCACAUGUGACAGACGUGACAGAGUCUGGAGACGCCGUGGAGAAUGUUCUGCUGCCUGCAACAUCCUCCAGCAUGACCGGUUUGGCAGUGGGUCAGUAAUGGUGUGGGGUGGCAUUUCUUUGGGGGGCCGCACAGCCCUCCAUGUGCUCGUCAGAGGUAGCCUGACUGCCAUUAGGUACCGAGAUGAGAUCCUCAGACCCCUUGUGAGACCAUAUGCUGGUGCGGUUGGCCCUGGGUUCCUCCUAAUGCAAGACAAUGCUAGACCUCAUGUGGCUGGAGUGUGUCAGCAGUUCCUGCAAGACGAAGGUAUUGAUGCUAUGGACUGGCCCGCUCGUUCCCCAGACCUGAAUCCAAUUGAGCACAUCUGGGACAUCAUGUCUCGCUCCAUCCACCAACGUCACGUUGCACCACAGACUGUCAAGGGGUUGGCAGAUGCGUUAGUCCAGGUCUGGGAGGAGAUCCCUCAGGAGACCAUCCGCCACCUCAUCAGGAGCAUGCACAGGCGUUGUAGGGAGGUCAUACAGGCACGUGGAGGCCACACACAAUACUGAGCCUCAUUUUGACUUGUUUUAAGGACAUUACAUCAAAAUUGGAUUAGCCUGUAGUGUGUUUUUCCACUUUAAUUUUGAGUGUGACUCCAAAUCCAGACCUCCAUGGGUUGAAAAAUUUGAUUUCCAUUUUUUAAUUUUUGUGUCAUUUUUGUUGUCAGCACAUUCAGCUAUGUAAAGAACAAAGUAUUUCAGAAGAAUAUUUAAUUCAUUCAGAUCUAGGAUGUGUUAUUUUUUUGUGUUCCCUUUAUUUUUUUGAGCAGUGUAUAACGUCAUACUAAGUGUAUUUUUUUUCUUAAUAUAUACAUAUAUUAAUAUAAAAAUACACGUGUGUGUAUAUGUGUGUGUGUAUAUGUAUUCCCAGGCUAGCUCUCCUAUUCUCUGCCCUCUCCUCCUCUCUCUCAUGGGCCAUGGCACAAGUCUAUCUUAGAGGAACUGGUUCAUGGCUGUCAAUUCCUCACAUGCUGCCAAAAAGAAAGCAGCUCGGUUGGCGCUGUAAAAAAGGCCACAGUGCCCAACCUGGCCCCUUUAGCACUGGCUGACCGGUUGGCAAAGAAAAUUUGUGUGCAGGGCAGCUGCUUUGGGCCUCCCUGAUAUAACUGGGCCUGGGGCAGCUGAUCCAUUUGCCCCGUGUUAAAGACGGCCCUGGUUUGUAGUAUGCAAGACAUUCUUUAAAAAUAUCUUUAGUAAUGCUUAUGUUUACCAUAUAAUGUCUACAUAUGUCUGCCCCUCUUUUGUUUCACACAACUUGAAUGUAAUCUUAUUUCACUUUUGAACCCCAUGGCUAUUGAACAUAUCUCACAACUUUUACAUGUUUGUUUAGUUGGAUCUACCUUCCCCUGUUAGCAUGCUGCUCUUUACCUAUACUGCUAUACUUUAAUGCUGUAGGUUUAUAUACCUGUACUUGUUCUCUUAAUCUGAUUUGUUACAUACUGUUUGCUUCAUUUGUCUGUAACCAUAAUGAAAAUCUUAUUUGGAAUAUCUUGAUAAAGUAUAGACAAUAAAUAACUGCACAACGAUUCUCACCUCAUUGCACAUUUAGGUCACUACAUGCUGGAAGUGCUAGUUUAGGUUAUUUAUUUUUUAAUUUUUGUUAAGUAUUUAUUUUGUUUCUCAGUAUUUGACAUUCACAAUUCAUAGUGGGUUAUUCUGCAUAUUGAUGGAGUGAUCUCAUAGAACCACUAGAUGGAGCCAUAAAAUAAUAAUUGUGGCUUUCAGAGCAGAUCACUCAACAGACACAGUUUAUACAAAACAGACCCAAAAACACAUUUCAUGCAGACGUCUUUUUAAUAAGACUGGUGUAACUGCAUUUGUGAACUAAUAUCUUCCAGUACACAGCUGUAUUCAUGUUUUAUCCAAACAAGUUUAUAUUAAACUGCUCAGAUGUCAUCCUCUUUGUUGUAGAGGUUCUGUGAAAAAAAUUCCAAGAGUGCAGACCACCUCCUCUCAAAUUCUCCAUCACAGAGCUUCAAUGUGUGAGUUUGAUCUUCUUUUGUUUAUGAAGAAUAUGAGAGGAUUAACCUGCAUCCUUGUUCUUUAAAGAUGAGGGUGAUAUAAACACCCCUCAAACACCCUAAAGAAUAUGUAUAAAGACAAUCCUGUCCUAUAUAGGAAACCGAUGCUUUUCCAAAUACUUCCAACUGAUCAUACUGUUAAAGGGACACUACUCAGCCAAAAUAAAAAAAAUCACAGUUUAGUAGGUAUACCUCCAAUGAAAUCAUGCAUACAUUUAAUUAUAAAAGAAAGGAUUCCAGGGGGAAACACCACCCCUGAAGUCACAGGUAGGAAGUCCCUCAAAAGUCCACAUAUGUGUAGUUAAAACAUAACUUUUAUUGACCACUAUAAAUAAAGUUAUAAAUAAUGAAAGAACCAAGAAAUAAAUAAAGUGAAUACAGACAGGAAAUAUAAUGAUGAAAAAAAUCACUUAUACAUAGGAGAGUUACCUUAAAACUAUAGUUACUAAAGGAACCAAUACCAUCAUGGAAAAUAACUCUUAUCCUAUAUACAGGUGCCGUAAUAAGAUAUAGUAGGACAAACUAACGUGCAUUGGGGGUAUAUAACCUAUAUUAAUAACGCAUGUAGAUAAAAAUCUACAGCUACCCAAAUGCCUUCACUAGGAUCCUAUGUCCUUAGAUUGUCAGAGGUCGUGUAUCCUACUAAAUGUGGUUUAAAGGACCACUAUAGUGCCAGGAAAACAUACUCGUUUUCCUGGCACUAUAGUGCCCUGAGGAUGCCCCCACCCUCAGGGUCCCCCUCCCGCCCGGCUCUGGAAAGGGGAAAGGGGUUAAAACUUACCUUUUUCCAGCGGGGCUCCUCCUUCUCUCCUCCUCCGUUUCCUGCCCGGAAAUGCUUGCGCAAGUAGCUUGGCGCAUUCAAUGAUGCAAAAAGCAUUUACAAUGCUCCUAUGUGGGCUAGUGUGCUCUCACUGUGAAAAUCACGGUGAGAAGCACGCAUAGCGCCUCUAGUGGCUGUCAAUGAGACAGCCACUAGAGGAAAUAGGGGAAGGCUUAACCCAUUCAUAAACAUAGCAGUUUCUCUGAAACUGCUAUGUUUAUUAAAAAAUGGGUUAACCCUAGCUGGACCUGGCACCCAGACCACUUCAUUAAGCUGAAGUGGUCUGGGUGCCUAGAGUGGUCCUUUAAGUGAAUUGCUAAAAGUCACCAAACAAAAAGUAGCAACCGAUAGAUACAAAUAGCAAAACAUUACAUGAUGAACAGGAGGUCCUUAUGUCCUUGUAACAUAUUGUAAUAAUAUUAUAAUCCUUCCACUUCUCUGAGUCACAGCAAUAAUACAAUCCUGGCUGUCUGAAGAGAAGGGCACCUAAUACUGCCUAAAGAGGAAAUAAGAGUCUAAGGGGAUGACUGUGGGGAGGGGAAGUACUGAUUCUACAAAUAAACCGUGAUAUCUCCUAACCCUGUAUCAACUCCCUUCCUCCCUCUAAGAUCCCCGUGAAGCCAACUGUGAAACACCACUAGAUUACGGAAAAAUAAAUAAAUUCCUGUCUGUUUGUUUAUAGCUGCCUAACGCGUGUUUCAGCGCUGCUAAAGCGCCUUCAUUCAUCUGAGGCUAAACAGUGGGGCUUACCUAACGGAGUCAAAUUUAUGAGGACACUGGACCAAUUGACAGCUGGGGGUGUGUUCGCGCUGUCCGCGUCAAUAGCAAGCUUAAGUGCUUUAAAAUCUGGAGUGUCCCUUUAAUUACUGUUUCUUGUGUGAUGCACAUUCAUAGUUUUGCUGGCAUUGUUGACAGAAUAUCUGUUUUGGAGUAUAUAAAACUUGAAUGUUUCACUAGUUAACCUUUGUUUCCAAAGUGGACACCACUGACGGAGAAAAAACCCACAGCAUAUCCCACAAGCGGGGAUUAUACCGCUGUAUGCGCUUCUAUCCUAGAGCUGGACAUAAGCUCUAUUAAAUGUGAGUUGUUUAAUAUUAUCUUUCCAUACGUCACUUUUGGAAUUAUACAAUACUGCACUACUGGUCGUCCCUUCUCUCUCCCCUUUUGUCUUUUAUAUGAGUGGAACCUAUACAGCUUAUGAAGACUUCACUGCUGCAACACUUACUAUAAAGACUAUCCGCAAGGACACUUAAGUUGAACUUUUAUUUUUUAUUUUUAUUUAUUACGUUGGACAUUUUUUCUUAGUCACUCUAUUUUUACUCUCUUAUUGGCGCAGCCUUUUAUUAUUGUUUUUACUGUCUUGUUUUAAAAGGGCUUGGAGGGUUUCCCUUUUUAAGGUUGCUGCCUGUUUAUUAAUUAGCACUGUCUCUCCUUUCCAUAUACUCCUUUCCAGGACUGGUGCAAGCAUUUUUGCCUCCCCUGGCAAAAAAUAUUUUGCCGCCCUCACUCAUACAGACUAACACACGCUGGCUCAAGUAUAAACACACACUGAUCCAUGCAAACUAACGCACAUGCACUGACCCAUAUACACACUCUGACCCAUGCAGACACACAUAUACAGACACACACUGACCCAUACAGACACAACGGUUAUCGCCUCGCGCAAACAGAGUGGAGGGGCUGCUGAAUCUGGUGUGCUGUUUCCUGAUCAUAUUUGGGGCUAGAAGUGCGAGACUGGAGGAUCCCAACUUUCUACACUGAUCGGCUUUUCUUGUCUGUAUCUGGUCAAGUGCUGCAAUCCACUCAGUAUACCCUGUCUAGGCAUAUGCUGAUAUUUUAUUAUCUCAUGUAUUCAAGCCCACAUUAGAUCCUUAGCUCCUAUUAACAGCUGCUAUACUGUUUACUGUCGGUUAUUACCCACUCUAUUUUGUUCAUGAUGUGAUUGCCUCAGUUUUCAUCCAUUAUUAUUUUGUCUGAAAUGCAGGCCUAGCAUAAGUUUAAGUAAAUGUCACUAUAUAUCUUGCAGCAGAUCAUCUUGUAGUUUCCUUACAAUGGCCUCAGUCUAAGCGGAAACUUAGCCUUGUUUAUAAUACUGACAAGGUGUGUAUUCUUUUUGACAUACAUAACACCUGUUUGCUACUAUCGUUAUUCAAUGUCUUGCUCAUGUCAGGAUUUCUCUUCUCUUGACUGAUUUAUAAUAUUUUUUUUUUUUUUUAAAGUGCAAGUCUCUCAACAUGACCUGUUCUGUACCUGCAAUUUUCUUUGUUCCCUAACUAUUAAUGCCAUAUCAUUAUCUGCUUUUGUUCCUUUCUAUGCACUACUAAAAAAAAGAAAAAAAAUGUAAUGGAGAAAUUCGCACCACUUCAUCCUGCAGUUGUGUACCUGUAUCUUGGCGAGUGUGUGUGUGUGUGUGUGUAUGCAUGCAUCAGUGUGUGUACGCGUGUUUCAGCGUGUUUAUCAGUGUCUGUCAGUGUAUCUCAAUAAAUGCAUCACCAACACUGUGUAGAUUUUAUUUAUUUUUUUAAAGAUUGCAGUUUAUGUGCUAUUGAUAUCUAAAUCUUACAGUAGUAUAUACAGCCAGUGAGUAUUACAGACAGACAGUAUAAUUUCAAAUCUUGUAUUUCCUACAAACUUUGCCUGCAGAAUGUAAUCAUAAAAUAUAAUUGCUUCAUCUUUAUCUUCAUCCACCUAUUUAAAAUUGACGGGGCAAAUUAACAUAGAAAAAAAAACAUUUUAAAAUCAUUUGGGGGAAAAAAGUCAUUUUUGGUUUUCGAUCAAGGGCAUCCUGAAUUUUCGGUUUCGGCUCAGAAUUUUCAUUUCGGUGCAUCCCAAGUUCUAAAUUUACUUUCCCACUUGACAGUCAGCAUAAAGAAAGCAUACAGAGAAAAUAAAUUAAGAUUUUAUUUUAAAUGCAGAGCAUUAUAAUGCCUUAUAAUAUGGUAUCUUAAUACUGUGCCCUGUAUAAUCCAUGUAUGUACUAGACCACACAGGUGAAAGAGAUGUGUGCGUAGAGUAUUCAACUCUGUUGCUCCACAAUGCUUGUCCAGAUUCCUGUUCACUGUAGAGAUAGAUCUUGGUUUAAUUGUGGUAUGAAUUGCCAAGAUGUGACAUACUGAUGUGCCAAUGGAGUAUAUGUUUGAGAAAUUUUUGUUUAGGGUGCACAUUUCCUUUUGUUUUCCUGUUUGUGAAUGUGAUGAUUCACAUAACUAGGUUGAUAUGUAUUUUAUCCGUGACACAUCGGGGUAAUGAAAAGCAUCUUAACAUUCAUAAUAUUUCUUAUAGGAAAAACGUGGACAUCGUGAAAUGAGUUUUCUUGGUAAUUUCAAUAACAGCAUAUCUGAAACCAAAGAAAACACUCUUACAGAAUGUUCUGAUUUAAUGCAAGAUCAGCUGGCAUCAAUUCUUAAGACAUGUAAGUAGAUAUGAUAAUGCUUGAAUUACCCUACAUAAAUGCAUCUCUAUGAGGGAAGUUCAGUGUCUUCAGUGUCUCCAUGCAGAGGGUGGAUACAUUGAAUGUCAGUGCUCCACACUGUGCAGCACUGCACCAGGAAGCAUCUUUUGUAGCCAUCUGAGGAGUGGCCAGUGGAGGUAUCAUUAGCCUGUAAUGUAAACAGUGGUGUACCUACCAUGGUCGCAGGGGCCGCAGCCACGACCGUGGGCCGCCUAUAUGCCGUCCCCUCCGUGUUCCCCCUGUCAUGGGGGGCUCAAGAGGUGGCCCACUGGCCACCUAAUGGACUCCCACGGCAGGCGGCAGAGUUCCUGUCAGAUGUGGCGAGGGAGCUGUGAUGUCUCUGCUCUGCUCCCUCGCACGCCGUUUACUGAUGCCGGGAGCCGGAAUAUGACGUCAUAUUCCGGCUCCUGGCAUCAGUAGACAGCCCACGAGGAAGCAGAGCAGAGAGAACACAGCUCCCUCACCGCGUCUGAAAGGAACUCUGCCGCCCGCCACAUUGAAGCCCCACUGGACCCCAGGGACAGAUCCACGCCAGCUCUCCAGGUAGGGAGGCUGGGUGGACAUUUUAAUAUUAAUAAUUUGUGUGUGUCUGUAAGUGUAUAUGUGUGUGUGUGUGUCUUUACAUGUGUCUGUAUGUAUGUGUCUGCAUGUGUAUCUGUUUGUCUGCAUUUGGGGGAGGCGAAGGGGUGGCUGGGACGUGUGGGGAAGGAGGUUGAUGUAUGGGGGGCCCCAGGGCAAUUUUCGCACCGGGGCCCCGUGGUUUCUAGUUACGCCUCUGAAUGUAAACACUGCUUUUUCUCAGAAAAGACAGUGUUUAUUGCAAAAAGCCUGCACAUACUGACAGGGGCGUACCUAGACCAUUUGGCACCCAGGGCAGACCCUGUAUUUGCUCCCCCCAACCCCCACCCACAAUUUUGUUUUUCAAUGUUUUCAAGAAUAUUUAUUGCACAUAAUAAUUGUGCACCCUCCACACAUACAAACCCUGCACCCACCCUACACAUCAAAUUCAUACUCUCCCUUCGUAUAAAAACCCUGCACCCCAUCACAUAAAGUUCAUACACACCCUACACAAAAAACCCUGCACCCCCCCUUAAUAAGAAAAAAACCUGUGCACACCUCCCCUUAAUAAAAAAAACAACCUGCACUCCCCCCUUAAUAAAAAAAAACCUGCACACCCCCUUAAUUAAAAAAAAAAAAACCUGCACACUCCUGCCCCCGCCUCCUUAAUAAAAAAUAAAAAAACCCGCCCUUUUUGGUUUUCUUAUCCGUUGCAGUUUUUUUCCAUCACAGUAUCAUCUUAGAGGGAUGUUAUCACUUUUAACAUGUUUAAGUAGCUCUAUAAAACCAAAUGUGGUAUCACUUAAAAAAAUAAACACAAGAUUCUCAAACACAUAACUGGUCAAAAACCAUCUGUAUGAAAUAGUGCAAAUGAGGCUAAUUGUACAUUGACACUGGCAGUAGGAAUAGAAGCUAAAUAAAUGGUUUAAGCUCUUAUAUUAACUCCGAAACACUGGUUGUAGUGUAUAGUCCUAAGAGUUUUAUUUCAUGUUACAUAAGACUCUGUUUAAACAGGAGAAGUUUUUGCAUGACUCACUGUUAUGAAACCAUCAGUUUGAUUAGCUGAACUGCAAAGAUGCAAUCAUUGCAGAAAGCUCAGCUUCAUAUUCAGAAUCCAAAAUCAAAGAAACCAAAUGUACUUAAAGGACCACUAAAGUCGUCCAGGCCACUUCAUCCAGAUGAAAUGACCUAGGUGUGGUGGUCCUUUUGAUAUAACCCUGCUAUGUAAAACUUUGCAGGUUUUUUUUUAGCAAUUAAAUCCACUUUUAGAAGCUGUCACACUGACCGCCACUAGAGGAAAUUACGAGGCACUGAAUAUGUAAAAUCUGGUCAUGUGACACAGAAGCCCCCAUAUUCAGUGCCGUCACAUUCUAUGUUUCUAUGAGAAAAACAUUGAUUUAUUGCUUUCAUAUGGGAAAGCUUAACUGCACAUACGGAGUUUGCCGCGCAUCAGAUCCACAGUGCUUCUCUAUAAGGAUCAUAGUAUUCAACCAUCGAUGGAGGAUAUGCUUCCUUCAUUACAUUGCAGAAGGGGGAGAGGUGAGUAGCUCUGAAGGAGUCUCUGCACUGCAGAAAGGUAAGUAAGUAUGAAAAGAAGAGAUGCACUUACAGAACAUGGAGCUGUCAAUUAGCUCUAGUUGGUGCACUUGAGUGGUACAAUCCCUGCUUAAGGAUUUGUACUGUCUCUUGAUCCAAGCAGGUAUUUCAAAGUGUGUACUACUUUGGUAAUUUGAACAGUGAAAUGGCUGUAGUGCCCUAAUGUGAAACACGAGCCCAUCAAAAUUCUAAGUGUGCGGGCGUGGCUUGGACCGCCACACGCAUGUAAAGUUCCUGCGGCUCACGGACUAAGGAGCUACAAAUAUUUGGUGUUACGAGCAGAUUUGGGCUAGGAAAGCAGAUACCCACCUACCUAAUGUCCCAGAGAAGCAAAGGCAAGCUUUCCAAGGCGGGCAAAGCCUCCUUCUUUCUGGCACGAGCUCUGGCAGGGAAGGCCCGAUCCUAGAUGGCGGUGAUUACCGCUCGAGGGAUGCAUUACCCUCCCCCGGCCUCCCCAAGCUCUGUUUUAAAGGAGGGACCACUCACUGCAACAGGGAUGAGAUAGAUCCCUAAUGUCUGAACUCACAGACAAAAUGCAGGCCAAUAUCACAAAACAGAUACAUACCCUGAACACAGACCUCUGCAGGGAACUGCUGGAUAUUGGGCACAGAACAUCCCAAGUGGAACAAAAGGAUGAUUUUGCAACUGGACAAAAUGGCCUGGCAGACAAGAUCCAAGAGAUGACACGUUUCAAUUUAAAAGCAAGGGGCAUUGGCGCCUCAACGAGUCGCUACUGAGCUAUAGUUCGUUUCGGGCUUCCGUUCAGUCUGAACUGACAGAAUACUUUAGGGACAACAGGUCUGGCGAAGUGACAGACAACAUAGUAUGAAAUGCCCAUAAGGCAGUGGUCAGAGGGUUAUUUAUCAGGAGAUCCUCCUACCUUAAGAAACAGAGGUAAUCCAAACUCCUGGAAGCCUAUAAGGAACUUGCGAUGCUGUCCGCAAAAAACAAGUCACAACCUUCAUAAACACUACUAGCCAAAAUGAAUGCACUACAUUUAACACUAGCCAUAUUACAUGCAUAAAAGACGAACCGCCUCCUACAUAAACUAAAAGCCAAUACCUACUACACCUCUGGUAAAGCCACUAAAUGCCUAGCGGCCAGGCUCUAUGCUAAAAUGGCACAAACUAAGAUAUCCCACAUCAUAGAUGAAGAGGGAAAUAAGCACAUUGACCCCCAAGCAAUACGUUGCAUAUUUACAAACUUUAAUUCCAAAUUGUACAAUCUACCGAGUGACAACAACAUACCCCACCCUAUGCCAUCAGACAUCAACCAAUACCUAACCAAUAUCUCAUUACCUAGACUCACUGAGGAGCAGGUGCACUCUCUCCAGCAACCUAUCACCAUGGAGGAAGUCACACAAACCAUCAAACACUUACCUCCAGGAAAAUCCCUGGGAGCGUAUGGGCUCUCCAAUCUCUAUUAUAAAACGUUUAGCGCUAUAUUGGCACCACAGCUUCUAAGGGUUUACCAGGCGACUGCAGAAUCAGGCAUAUUACCACUCAAAAUGCUCCUAGCCACGAUAGUCACAAUCCCCAAACCAGACAAAGCACCAGAUAUAUGCAAAAACUAUAGAGGUAUCUCCCUUCUUAACACAGACGCAAAAAUUUAUGCUAAGAUAAUUGCCAAUAGGCUGAGCCCAAUCAUACCACAUCUAAUUCACGAUGACUAGACCGGGAUUUUGUGCUGGGCCACCAGGGCCUAGAUAAUACCCAGAAGCUUACGUUGAUACUGCAAGAACUUGGAAGGUCGAGCUGAGGAGGACUUCUACUUGCAUUAGAUGCUGAAAAAGGUUUUGACCGUCUCAACUGGGCCUUCCUACAACAGGUGCUGGUCAGAUAUGGAUUCCCACCACAAGUGAUUCGACAAAUAUUUGCACUGUAUUCUUCCCCCUCAGCACAGGUGAUCCAGUCUGGAUUCCUCUCCCCUGCAUUUCGAAUUACAAAUGGAACGCGGCAGGGGUGCCACCUCUCCCCACUUCUCCAUGUCCUGGCAUUGGAGUCCCUAUUACAACUCAUUAGACAGGACCAGAACAUACAAGGAGUACGACUGGGAGAGAAACAGAUAAAAAUCAGCACCUUUGCUGAUGAUGUACUGUUAUAUGUUACUAAUCCAAAGGAAUCCCUUCCCACUUUGUUGAAUCUAAUUAAGGCCUAUGGGUGUGUCUCCUACUACUCUGUGAAUGCGGCCAAAACACAGGCCAUGCCUUUAGGCAUCCCAGCACCCCUCCUCACAACCCUUACCCCCACCUACAACUUUGAUUGGAGAACAGACUCCAUAAAAUAUUUAGGGUUAACGAUUAUGAAAACUCCUGCGAACCUGAUGGCGAACUACAUAGCUGUCUGGAACAAAUGUAACCAGUUAUUGAAACAAUGGGCACCACUGUACCUGUCCAGGACAGACUACGUAGUAUUACUUAACAUGUCCAUAUUGCCAAGCUUGUUGUAUCUGUUCCGUACUCUCCCUCUCCGCCUAGCCCAUUCCAUUUUAAAGCGAUCCAGUCAGACGUGGGGAGAUUUGUGUGGGCAUGGGGAAAGGCCCGGGUGCCCCUUAAGCUGCUACAAGCCAGUGGUAUUUAAUACCGACCAGAUUACAUAAAAUUUUCCCUUCCACCCCCUCAGAUUGUUGGAGAUGUCAUGGGGCCGAGGGCACGUUCCACCAUACGUGGUGGCAGUGUGCGCAGUUGGGUCACUACCGUACGCAAGUCCAUGAGCUGUCCCGAGACAUAACGAACAGCACCCUCCCCUUUACCCCUAAAACAUACCUGUUGCUGGAUCUCCCAAUGAGGAUGCCCCAGUACAAAAGAAAGAUGUUCUUACAUAUUGCUUGGACAGCACAGCAACUAACAGCAAGGCGGUGGAAGUCUCCUGUAUCCCCUAAGAAAGACCUAGUUGAGGAAUUGAACAAACAAUGGAUAUACGAGACUUCCUAUUCAUUCCUCUUCCCUCCUUCCACACUCUACCUGAAAUGUGGGAACUCCUGGCACACAUGGAGUUCAGGUACCCUAAGGGGAUUGUUACUGAAUGUCAUUUCAUGUAUGUACUACAGGCCUGACCUCGACCUCACUUGCCUAAUACCGGGUCGGUGAUGAACAACAGUAGAACCUCCAUGCAUUACUUGACUGUUGAAGAUUAAAAGGGUGUUGCAGCACAAUUGUCAAUGUAUUACAAUGUACCAAAUAUGCAUUCCCUCCCCUCCCUCUUCCCCUCUCUAUUUCUAUAGCCCUUGCCUAUCUCUGCUUUAAAACUCAAAAUAAAAGUUUAAAAUCUGAAAUGGUCAGAUCUAUUAUAUGGUGCUGUAGCUUCACAGGAUAGAUAUAACUAGGGGUAUUUUUGUACUCAGAAGCUGUUGCUGAACACAUUGUGGGAUUUUGCAUAGUACUAGCACACAUCAGGUUCAUGAAAUACAGUACAUAUUUUAAAAAAAACUUCUUAUAAAUGUGUGUGUUAAAAAAACAAACUACAUUUUACUACAAGAGAGUAGCAGUUAAAUGGCUACAUAAAAAGUGACAAAUUACCCUCCAGUAAAUGUUGGUAGAUAUGUCUACCUAAUAUACUUUUAUGCGGCAGUUUUGAUUUCUGUGAUGGCUAAUAAACUUAGAGUACAAACAUACACAUUGAAAUGUUAUUUUUACCCCUUGUAUUUUGUGAUCUGUAACUACCAAGAAUAAACUGAAAUCUUGGACAUAUGUGAUGUACUCUUUAAAUUAUUACAAAUUAAAUGUAAUUUACUUUUUAUUUCUUUUUCUUAAGCUGCACUGGCAAUUAAUUAUUGCCAUAACUGAAAAAAAGGUUAAUUUGUAUUGCAUUUUUGUGUAUUGUUGUUAUAAUUAAUGAGAAUUUCUGUACAGUAUAUGUCACGUCAAAUUAAAGCCUCUUUUGUCCUUUUAACAACUGUACAUAAUAUGUGUUGGUGCAAUAAAUGAGAAUGAUGGAAACUGCGGUUGAACACACACACAAAGUAAAAAUGCAAAAAAACAUUUGGCCCUUAAAGGUACAGUGUAGUGUUAGGGUUACAAAUCUAUAUUCCUACCACUACAGUAUUAAUGUCCCUAUUUAGUUUUAGCCCCUCAACUGCAAAUUUAAAAAAAAUAAAGAAAUAAAUGAAAUCAAAAUAAAUCAUAGGCCAUGAUGUGCCUGUGAUUCUGCCAUAAAUUAUGAUCAGGUAUGAGAGUCAGGAAGUAACAGUCCCAGUUCUCUUACCCCAGAGGACUUGGAGUUGUGGCUUGAUACCACACUUACAAGCCUUAUAAUUAGUAAAAUGUUUACAUUUGGGUACAAGGCACUAUAACAACUUUAUCUAGAUAAAGUUGUUCUAGUUAGUACAGUGUUUCUUUAAGUGAAAAAUAAACAAAGCUUGGUCUUUAUAGGGUAAAGUAACAGUCAUUUGACUGUUUGGUAGAUACGCCUUCUCAUUAAUACUAACAAAGUGAGUUUUGCAUGUAUGUAUAUAUAACCUAUCACGUGAUGUGUUUGUGUGUGUGUUUGUAUUUUUAUGCUUACAAAAUUGUGAUAAGAUAAACAGGUGGUGUGCAGUGCAAUGACCUAAAAACAUGACCCCACAAUACACCCGGUCCCAAUAAUGUAAUUGUGAGACAAAAAAAAUUAAAUAAAUGACAAAUACCUAGAGAGGAUAAUGUACCGUAUAUACUGGAGUAUAAGCCGAAUUUUUCUGCACAUUUUUUGUGCAGAAAAAGCCCCACUCUGCUUAUACUCGAGUCAGUGUCUGUAUUAUGGCAACUUACAUUGCCAUAAUACAGACCAGGACCGCUGGGCUUAAUACAAGCCCGGCGGUCCUGUUGGGGGCUGGCAGCGAGCUGUUACUUACCUUUUGUAGCAGCUCCGGUCAGCUCCCUUCACCUCCGUUCCUUCCGCUCACUGUCAGCUCCCUUCACUUCCACUCCGUUCAGCUCACUGUCUAAAUCUCGCGAGUCCUGCGGCCAUCAGAGCGUUGCCACGGGUUACCGUGGCAACACACCACGCGGCACACAGACCGCGAGAUUUAGACAGCUGAAUGGAGUGGAAGUGAAGGGAGCUGACCGUGAGCGGAAGGGAACUUAGGUGAAGGGAGCUGACCGGAGCUGCUACAAAGAUAAGUAACAGCUUGCUGUUGGCCCCCCCUGCUCAGCCCAUGCCACUGGACAACCAAGGAAUGAGAGAGCACCCCUCCUUGGCCAGGUAACAAGCAGGGAGGGGGGACAAAAAAAUUAAACAAUUAAAUAAUAAAAUAAAUUUUAAAAAAAUGAAAGUAAUUAUAUUAAAAUUAAAACAAAAUAUUAAAAUAAAUAUUAAAAAUAAUACGAAUGCCCUCCCCCCACCCAGUUUACACAUACACACACACUACACAAACACGCGCACACACUGCAUUCAUACAAACACACUGCAUUCAUUAUAUACACACACUACACACAAACACUCUGUAUUCAUUAUAAAUAAAUAUUUUAAAUAAACACUGUAAAUAAAUAUUCAAUUAAUGUAAUUUUAUUGGAAACUAAUUUUAUUUAGAAAUUUACCAGCAGCUGCUGCAUUUCCCACCCUAGUCUUAUACUCGAGUCAAUAAGUUUUCCCAGUUUUUUGGGGUAAAAUUAGGGGCCUCGGCUAUAUUUGGGUCGACUUAUACUCGAGUAUAUACAGUAUAUAGAUUUUCCCUGCAACAUAAACAAAAGUAUACACUCUCAUAGAGUAAUAUAGUAGUAACUCAAGGUAUUUUCCACAAUAAAAUCUAUAAGCGAUCAACUCACAUUUUAAUGAGUCUAUAAAAAAAAUGGCUCAGGUAGUACAGCUCCAGAUAUCAGAGGGAUCCUCAUUCAGUAAGAUCAGGAAUGGUAGGCCCUCACAGUGGAGAUAGAUGAAGUACACCAACUUUCAAUUUAAAAUCAAAUGGUAUUUAUUACACAAAAGAAAAGUUUAAAAGCUUACAUAUAAAGUGCCUCUAUCCCACAGUUCAUUAGUCCAAAAUUAAGCGUUUCAACGUUUUAACUAGCGUCUUCCUCAGGUGGGAAAAUUACAAAAUUGUCGUGCUUUAGGAGCGCAAAAAACUUUUAGCGUUACUAUUUUUUUACUUUAAGAAAAUGUUGUGGGGCUGUUCACUUACUCUCUUGUUUCUGUGUGGUAUAUUUGUAGCACAAUUUAAAAUCCUUAAAUGCUUAUAUGGUUGCUGUCAAAAAUGCAAAUAAAGGAAAGAUUUGUAACUUCUGCCCAUCUGUUAGCAAUCUCAGAUCUGAUUUGCUUUUCCUUUCCUGUGUGCCGAGAAGUACAGUUUGCCCUUUCUUGUGAGCAGAGUAACAUGGUGAAGCCUUGACAUACUUUCCUGCAUAAUAACUGUCACAAUGAUCUAUCCCGGGGCACUUCCUACACACUGUUUUCACUAUGGCUGCAGCCAUUUCUGAUGCCUUUUACACAAUCAGAUUACGCAUAUGAAUGUCUGACGGAAUUGUUGAUCAGUCAGGUAAUUUCAUUUCUAUUUUUCUUCUUCAGUGGAAAGUGCCAACCAUGCUAUCCAUAGGCUCCAGCAUAGAGAACAGGAACAACUGAAGGUAAACACUGAAGGUUUUUAGUUUGUUUUUUUAAAUGUCUUAAAUAAACAAAAACCCUUGUUCCUGCUGGUUCACUAAAGGUUUUUUUUUUUUUAUGUUUUAAAUUAAGGAAAAACCCUUGCUGGAUCUUAUUUUCUUGCAUUACACUGUGAUUUUCUUUGGAUCUGUUAAUGUGAUUACAUGUUCAGUGCAUACAAUCUGCUUUAGAAUAAGUCAAAAAUGAAAAAUGUAAAAAAUAUUUUCAAUAUUCCCCACCACCUCCAGUAAAGAGAAACAUGUACAUUCAUGGAGUCUGGGAAAAAGUGGUACUAAAUGUAGGUACUACUUCUUAUGUAUACCAUUUAUUUUUGGCAAUUUCUAGCAAUGGAGGAGCUUAAAGGAGCACUUCAAGCACCAUAACCACUACAAUUCACUGUUGUGGAUAUUGUGCAUAGAGUGAAAUUGCUCCCCCCUCUCACCCAAUGUGGCUAAGCGCAUCAGCUGCUCACUCUCUGACAAUGAGCUAAGCCCUGCAUAACAAGUAUUUGUUCAAUUAAGGGAGUUUCGACCUGCGCCCAAUGGACCCCUGGUGAGCUGUCAUGCUGCUAGCAAUAGAUUUUUCCCAACAUCUGUUUGUCAAAUGUCUUUGGUUAUCAUGUAUAAGUGUGUCCUGAACCAACUUGCAUGAGUUUUCCGUGGUCUGGAUAUGUGCAUUUACAAGUUCAAGCGCAUGCUCACAGAAGUCCAAUUGUGAGAGGAGAAAAUAUGAAUGCUGAAGGUGCCAAGAGAUCAAUAUCCUGUGCAACAAAGAUAAUGAAAUAGUUACUGGACAAGGAGAAAUCUAAUAAUGAAAGAGACAAAAGAGACAGUGUUGCUUUAAUUAAGAUAAUUGAUAUAGCGAUAAUCACCAUCUUGUUAAAAUCCAGAUGUGUUUUGUGGAGAAUUGCCCAGUGGAUUACAAAUUUUAGGAAAAAAUAGUCGAAUUCUCAAACUUUAACCAGCUAAGCUAUUUUGGAUUGAAAUUUAUUAUUUCCUUGACUAUUCUUAAGAAUCUCACAAGUGGUUAACAGGUGUGCGUAUGCAUGCUUGUUGAUGUAUACCUAUGUGCAGUUUUAUUUUUUUCCGUCAUAGUCACAUGGAAUGUAGCUCUUUAUGGAUGACAAAAUAAUUGAUAUCAGGUGAAAGCAAUUUAGUUGUGGAAGGUGUGAAGGCAUCUGGACACGGAGCAGUGGUCUGCUAAAUCUCCCUCAUCUCCAUAUUCACUGUGCUUCUUGCAUGGAAAACGUGAUGCAGUCCGCUUCAUUCAAUAUUCUUUGAGAAGAGGUUUCUGAUUAAAUGGAAUUCCCACCACCCAAAAACGACUAGUACUUAAUUGCCUCCAAAAAUUAGUGAUUGCAAAGACUACACCUUAGUAAUGUACACAGUUGUAAUGUUCUAAUGUAUGCAUUAGCAAUACAACCAACCUAAAAAUGUAUGUGAACAGCUAGAAAUAUGAACAAAACAUAUAAGGCAAGAGUGACUAAAUGGCAGAUCCCACUUUUUAGAGAACUAUAACUAAUGUGAUACUUUGCCACCCCUACUUCUGGCAAAGCAUUGUGGCGUUCUCAUUACAGACCAUAUGGCUUGCAUUUAAUUACAGUGUUUGUGGGGAAAAAAAGUAUUUUGAUGCCUGAAUAAUAUCUGCCUUACAAUGUUAGGAUUAGGGGCAUGUCCUUUAACCCCUUAAGGACCAAACUUCUGGAAUAAAAGGGAAUCAUGACAUGUCACACAUGUCAUGUGUCCUUAAGGGGUUAAUAAUCAUUCCUCCAAAUGAUGUUACAUCUCUUAGAACGAGUUUCAUUAUUAUGAUCUCUCUGCUUAUAGUUUUCAUACAAAAGGAAUGAAGCCCAUAAGUGCCAAAGUAAAUUAACUUGAAUUUUAUAUCCCAAAGCAUAUGUAUAUGGUCCUUCCAUCUCUCUUUUCCUGCUUUGGAAGGGAAGUAAUACCUGUACAUCAAGCAUGUCAAACUCAAAGGCUAACACAGCCAAAUAAACAAGGUUUAAGUUCAUGUGGGCCGCAAAAAAAACACAAAACUUUUGUUUUCAUAGAAACUUAGGCUUAUUUAGAAAAGUACAGUAUAAAAAAAAGUUGCCUUACUGACACUGGACGUCAUCACGCUCGUAGGACUUCAAAGUAAACAAAAGGGCAAAUUUAUUUUGAGACAUGCAUUUGCAUAUAACUAAUGUUUCAGUCCAACUACCUUGACAUAUUAAGAAAAGUUUGGUAAUGGGACUGAAAUGGUGAAAGUAUGCUGUUGCACAGCUGUAAAAAACCAAAUAAUGUUAUAUUGUUUAUUUUAAAGUCCUAGGAGUGUGUUCUUCACUUUGGCUGAGAUCAUCAAACAUGAUGAUCUCAGCCAAUCCAAUGCUUUCCCAUAUGAAAUAAUUGUGAGGCUAUUGUGCAUGUGUGGCAAAAAGCUGCGCGGCCAAUCAGCAUCUCCAUGGGAGUGUUCAGCGCCUCCAUGCAGACCCAAUCUAAUACACUGCCCUUCCUCCCACUCUAAUACAUUGCCCACAAAUUCAAUACACUGCCUCCCCCUCCCAUCACUCUAAUACACUGCCCCACUCACUCCCCACUGUAAUACACUGCCACAUCCCCCAAAUUAAUACAUUGCCCUCCCCCAAAUUUAACACACUGCCCCCUUUCCCACCACUACACUGCCCCACUCCCUCCCCCAAUUUAAUGCACUGGCCCCUUCCCUCUCCCAAAUGAAUACACUGCCCUCUCUCCCAAAUUAAUAUUUCUUUUUUAUAAAUGUUUUUUCCCCAAUUUAUUAUAUUUAUAUAUAUAUAUAUAUAUAUAAUUUCACACACACAUUACAUGUUUAUGUAUGUAUAUAAAUAUGUACACACAUAUGCCUAUAAUACGUGUGUGUGUGUGUGUAUAUAUAUAUAUAUAUAUAUAUAUAUAUAUAAACACAAGAUCCAGCGCACUCACCUAUCCACUAAACGGCAACUUCAAUGUUUACAUUGCCGUUUAGUGGAUAGGUGAGUGCGCUGGAUCUUGUGUUUUGUAUUAUUUGGCCCCCAGCAGCACCCCCAUUUAUGCAUGUUCAGGUGAGUGCAGCCAACCCCCCCUUGUUUUUUAUAUAUAUAUAUAUAUAUAUAUAUAUAUAUAUACACACACACACACUUUUAUUUCCUAUAUAUGUCAAAUAUAUUAAUAAAGCAUUUUAAAAUAUAUUAUACAUCUAAAUGCAUAUAUAUGAUUUCAUUAUAAGUGUACUUUGAGAUAUAUACACAUAUCUCAAAAUACACUUAUAAUGAAAUCAUAUAUAUGCAUUAUAGAUGUAUAAUAUAUUUUAAAAUGCUUUAAUUAUAAUAGCUGUCCACCUGCUGGCUGCUCAUAGAGUCCUUUUUUGUCGAUGUGAUCAUGGUGCUCACAUGGCCCUGGAGGGCCGGGUUUGUGGGAGAGGCUGCAGGGGGACUGCUGGGAUCUCUGGGAGUCCUACCUGACCGUGAUCACCGCAGAUCGCCGGUCCAGAUGAGUCCAGGGCUCCUAUUUGCCGCAGAUAUUCCAGGUAUGUGCGUGGUCCUUAACGACCGUUUUUGUCAGACGUACCUAGUACGUCCACGGUCGUUAAGGGGAUAUACAUAGAAUAAAAUUAUAUAUAUAUCUAAGUGUGUUUUUAUAUAAAUAUAUAUAUUUUAAUAUCAAAAUACAGUUAGAAUAAAACUACAUAAAUACAUAAUUUUUUAUUUUUUUUAUUUUUACAGCUUUUUAUUUAUUUCUAAUUCAUUGUUUUUUAUAUUUAUUUUUUACUCUAAAUGUAUUUUUAUAUUAAUUAAUAGUAUGAUGUUGUAUAUAAGAUUAUAUAUGUGUGUGUGUGUGUAUGUAUAUAUAUAUGUGUGUGUGUGUGUGUGUGUGUGUGUGUGUGUGUGUAUGUAUGUGUAUAUAUAUAUAUAUAUAUAUAUAUAUAUCAUAUACACCCCCUGUUGGCAGCACUAUUGACACCUAUUGCGGCUAUGUGACCGCUCUUUUAGAGCGGUCAUAUGGCCCCUGGGGGUCCUAGUUUGCAGAGGGGGGGGACUGUCUGCGCUCCGCCCAGACAGUCCCCCCUCAGAAGAAGACCAAUCGCCCGGUGGGGGAAUGGCGGCAAUCUGUAAGUACAUGGGGAGGGAGGGCAGAGGUUAAUUGUUUAAACAACUGACAGUGAGGGGGGGGGGUAUUGUACGAUGCCUCGACAUCGAGGCAUUGUAAUUACCCAUAGAGCGAUUGCUUCCAGUGCUCAAAUUUCCCGCAGACGUACCUGAUACGUCCGCGGUCCUUUAAAGACUGUUUUUUGUCUGACGUACCUGAUAUUUCCAUGGUCACGAAGGGGUUAAACGGACAAUAUAGUCGCCAGAACAACUACAGCUUAUUGUAUUUGUUCUGGUGAGUAGAAUCAUUCCCUUUAGGCUUCUUGCUGUAAACCUGUAAACCAAGCAUGUCAAACUCGCGGCCUACAAGGGACAUAUUUGCCGCCCAGCGAGCCGCGAAUACAUGCCUAGUGUUCCAAGCAGAGUAGGCACCUGCUUUACCCACAUUGCAGGUGCCCACUCUGCUAAAACUUACCCGGCCGGGGAGGAGGGCCAGCGAGGGAGCUCAGUGUUUCUGCUCCUCACUGCUCCCUCUCCAUCUGUUGUUAAGCCGGGCGCAGAAAUAUGACCUCAUAUUCCGGCACCUGGCAUCACCGCGCGAGGGAGCAGUGAGGAUCAGAAAGAAGUACCCCAGGGAGAUGCCCCACAUCAGCUCCAAAAGGUAGGGAGCAAUAAAGAAAAGUGUGUGUGUGCAAGUGUGUGUGUGUGUGUGUGUCUGUCAGUGAGUGUGUGUGUGUCUGUCAGUGAGUGUGUGUGUAUCUGUCAGUGAGUGUCUGUGUCUCAGUGUGUGUUGGUCAGUGUUGCAUUGGCUGCGUCUGAACAGUGGAGUACCUGGAGGUGCAUGGAGGCACGCCACGUCACAUUCCGACGUGACAUCAACGUGCUCCACCUUCACAGGGUUUCAAGAAGUAUCGGAGGAUCAGAUUUGGCACAGGGUGCGGACGGCGCCAUUAGAGGUAUACCAGAGGCUGCACUCUGGAGUCGCAUACUGGCAGCGGCAAUGUGAGUGGAGACUGCUUGUUGGCUAGAGCGGGGUGCUGGGAUUUAGUAGAGGGGGAGGACUGAGAUUUAGUAUAUGGAGGGGGUGGGGACUGGGAUUUAGUAUAUGGGAUUUAGUAUAUGGGGGGCUGGGAUUUAGUAGAGGGGGGGCUGUGGUUUAGUAGAGGGGGAUGCUGUUUUUUUUUUUGUUUUUUUUUUUACUGUAAUUUUCAAAAUAAACCUAUGUUUCUAUGAAAAUGUAAGGUUGUUGUUUUUUUUUUUUUGCGGCCCAUGCAAGACUUUGUUUGACAUGCUUGCUGUAAACAAUGUAUUUUCAGAGAAAAUUCAGUGUUUAGAUUACAGACUAGUAAUAACUACACUGGCCACUCUUUAGAUGGCUGCUACGGCUGCUUCCUUGGGCAGUGCUGCAGAGUAAGCAGCACUGCCAUUCAGUGCAUGCAGCCACUGAACUUUUCUCAUAGAGAUGCAUUGAUUCAAUUCAUCUUUAUGAGGAGAUGCAGAUUGGCCAGGGCUGUGUUAGACUUGUGAUGGCUCUGCCCCUGAUCAGAGGCAGGAACUACAGACUUGAAUACAAGUAAGCUGUUACUAUAUUUAGGGAGGCAAGGCAGGACAGGGGGGCUAGAUGGUGGUUUUAACACUAUAGGGUCAGGAAUACAUGUUUGUGUUCCUGACCCUAUAGUGUUCCUUUAAGCUUCAUAAAAGCCUGCAGAUGUUGCAAUAAGCGAGAAUGUGACGUGGUGGUUGAGAUACAUAGAAUGCUUCUCACUAUAACCCAAAAAUGUUCUACCUACUUCAUAUAUUUUAGACACUUUACUCUCUGGAAAAGUUUUGACACACAACAUUUACUUUUAAAACUGCUUUUGUAUUACAUUAACGUUUGUAAAUUUUCAAACCAUUAUAAAUCUGCCAAAAAACGCAUUCCUUAAAUGAUGGGUAUAUUUUAAUUCUUUAAACUAAGAAGAUUAAACCGUACUUUGUUUGUAUUAACAUCAAGAGCGGGAAACCGCAGUGACCUAUACACUCCUAUUCAAAAUCAACAGUGGUCUGUAGGCUGUGGCCAAGGCUAGAGUGGUGAAAGCCCACAGGACUAGUACGUUACAGUGCCUCUCUGUUUACCGGAAAAUGCGUAGAAAGGUCAAUGCACAAAAUAACUCAGGCGAACAAGUAUGCCAUCUAUAUCUUUAGAAAGCUAAAUCAGGCUUUCAGUUUAUUAUAUUUUGGAGCUUUGGUGUGACUACCUUCUAACAAAAUGUUACUUUUUAUGUAGAAAUAAAUAUCUUUACAGGUGUUUGCCAUUCUGUAUCAAACCUAAGGAUCUGAUAUUUUUACUGGGUUAUCAAUACUUAUUCUCCAGAGGUGUUGAGAUGGACUAAAACAAAAAUGUUUAUUUUUUAAAAUUUUGCAUUAAUGAUCUUUAGUAAAGAAAUUUAUUUAUGAAGACUUGUGGCUGUAUCUUAUUCCAAGACCAGUUUUAUAUAUUCAGUAUAUGACAAUCCUGGAAUUGCCUGCAGAGAUUGUGUGUAUUAUGUAUCAAAUACACACAAGGUUCACUGUUGUAUAAAUGUGAACAAUGUAUUAUGGGAGACUGAUUCUAGGGACAUCAUAAAACACCACAAGACACCUGGUCGUCUAUGAAAUAUACGAUGUGCUUGUUAUUUUAAGUUACAUCAUAUUUUCAAACCCUGUACUUCAUGAUGUGAUGUCAUUUUGUGAAUUAUUAGCAGAUACUGUAUUAAAGUGUACAUUGUAGAAUUCCUAGAUCUUAAUGUAGUACCUAGAUUGAUGAGCCACACUUCUGUUUAACCCCACUCCCAUGAUAGUUAGAAUGUCAGCAGCUGAAACACUGGAGCCUAAGGAAAGCUAUAGCAGCUAAACAGACUGAGCCCCAGAAAUUUGUGUGUUGGUGUGUAUUGUGCAUUCCACAGCUAGAAUGGCAGGAAACAUUCACCAUCAGCUGUGGAAUGAACAUUCAGUAUAUACAGUUAUGUGCUUUAUGAUGUCACCAGAACACUUUGAAUUAUGUUCCCAUAAUAUAUUUUUCAUAAUUGUGUUUCUCUACAUAUUCAUAUAUGUGCCGUUGGGGUGUUCUAUGCCAUCCCACAUUAAAAACCUAUUAAUAGAUACCUGGGACUCUUCUCUAUCAGCUGGAGCCAUUAUUAGUGGCCCCAGACUUUUUGAUGAGCUGCUUGUCGGUUACGCAGCACCGAUCUCAGUGCAUUGGGCAUAAAAAACAUAGGAAGUGGUCACACUGAAAUUAGCCAGAAGGUGGCAGCACCAUACCAAUUUUUUUUGUUACAUUUUCCUUUGUUGAUAUUAGUACUAAUAUGAGCACAGGGAAGCCUUUGGGAUUAGUAUUAAAUUGGGGAUUAAUAUUAUGGAUUAAGAUUAGGUUUAGAAUAAAUAUUAGGUUUAUUAUUAGUUUUAUUGUAACCUAGUAAACAUGCAGAAGCCAGACACAGAGAGAUGGAUGCAGGUUUUCAGGAAGUAAGAGGUCUUUAUUAACAUACCGAUCGGGUCUCAGAUGAACUAACGUUCCAAAACAGGUCUGAGGGCCGAACACAUGGAGUACAUGCUUUUUAUAGAACUAUAACUCCCAUUAAUAGCUCCACCCGCACAUACCCUUAACCAAUCAGUGGACAGGAUUUGGAUUUCCUUAUAUGGGCAGACCACAUGGCUCAUCCAAAACAAAGGAGAAAGGAAUGUGAUUUCAGUUCCUGCAUUCCUGCACAUGCUCAGUACAUUGAUGACAGUAUCUUAGCUACAUGUAACUAACUAACUGAUAAACUCAUAAACUUAAAAUGUUUGUGUGUUUUGAUAGACGUUUGAAACCUGUCUAAUUGUGUUUUUAAUUUAAUUUCCAGUUGUUCAAAAUUGGCCUCCUUCUUAUAUGUUUCAAUUCUUUCUAUUUCCUCAUCCACCUCCUUAUUGACCUUUUCUAAUCUCUUCUUUUCAAAUCUACAGAGUAUAUCCAUAAAUUUGCGAGAGCAAGUCCCUGCUGCCUCUUCCCAUUCUUUGAGGAAUAUCACAUCAUACUAUUUUUAUCAUUAUUAUAAAUAUUUCUAAGGGACUUCUGUAGCCCGAACUAGAUAUAUUAUUCUAACAAUUGAAACACUUAAGGGACUACCUACCCACUUUUGAUCUGACCCUAAAGAUCGCAAUGCCGGAAUAGGCUUAUUAUGAUUAUCAACUUAGCAUAUUCCGUAUAAACAUAUGCAAUGUCAGAAUAAUGUUAUUUCGUGGAUUGAAAACGUUAGUCUCUAAAUUAAGUUACUAGAGGCUUUAGACACAUUUUUUAAAAUCACUGGUUCAAAGGAUAUUGAUGCAAUUUUCAUCCCAUUAUAUUAUGUUGUAGAAUUUGUGCCGACCCGCUCGCCCGGUAGGCGCCAGUCUGUUCAUUAACAGUGGAAACAAGUUUUGUUGGGAUUUGGAGUUUGAAUUUUUCUAGGAUUAGUAACUCAUUUACCGAAAUAAAACUAUAAAAUAAAAGAUUAACCGUUCAAUGUGAAUUACCUGAGUGGUAAUAGUUAUUACAUAUAAAACACAGGGAUAAUCAUCUGGGUGGAUAGUUAUAGGUAUCAUGAAAAAAUUCCCAUCAAUGCCGAUGCAUCACGCUUAACAUAUUCUGGACCUCAUACUGAGGGCACUAAGGAGUUAACAAUUUGGGCAAAUGGUUGUUCUGCCUUGUGAUUGAAUUUGAUUGGGGCAUUUGAAUAGCCUCAUUUACAUAGUGAGAUGCUGAUAUUUUCGGCACGAAAACCACGGUAAGGUUACUUGUUUUUGAUUGGUUCACUAAGAAUCUCUCUGGAGGAAGUAAUAGGUAUAUAAACUAGACCCUAUAGAUUCCAAUUCUGGCCCCUGACAAAGGUGCAUGUUCUAAGCACCGAAACGCGCGUCGGGUUUUUUCACUUUACUUUCUAUUUCACUAUCACACUGGGCACUUUUCACUAUAUGCAGGUAACCAACAUCCUAAGUAUGGUACUGCACACUAGCACUAUAUAACUUUUUAAACCUCCUUUUUAGUCCUAAUACCCUACCUUUAUUUAGUAUCCUUUGAAGGUGAUUUAUUAUUAUUAGAAUUUUCAUGUAGGAUUGAUACUAUUAGUCUCUUCACAGGAUCAUAAUAACAGUUUGAGUGAUAUAUUCCCUCUUAGAAACCUAUGGUUACUGUUUCUAUAUGGUAUCAAUUUAGAACAGUGCUACAAUUAAGUGAUUUCUGGAUAAAGUGGAGUUUUAUAUAUCCUCGAACUGUGAGCUUAAUACAUCAUUUCUUCUUUUUGACUGUCAGAAUACCACUAUUCAGAUCUAUUGACAGGCUUUUAGGGAUUAGGACUUCUUAUCUGUGACCUUAUUGUUAUGAUAUUUAGUUGCCAUUAUACAUAGACUGUGACCCACAAAGUUAUAAUAAAGUCAGGAGUCUGAGGUGUACUGAAGUCACGGUUUAGUAUUCGUGAGGUUUAGCCUAUUCGGCUGGUCACAUUACUUAACAUUUGGAUGACCUUAUAGUCAGGGAAGGGUCCUUUAAGUAUUUCAAGCAUAUUAAUUAUUAUUAUUUAUCUUUAUAAUUCCAGCACAUGUUUGAACCACUGGAUAGGUAUAUCCAGUGAUUCGAGCUCUCUUUCUUUUUUGUCUAGAAAUUAGGGGUUAAGCCCCAGGACACCCCUGGAGUGUCCACGCAGGUGCUUCUGUGGACUCCACAGUGGGUUUGUCCCUCUUUAGGCCAAACCAUCACUAGUGGUCUCCAUUUAUAUAUAUAUAUAUAUAAUAAUAUUGAACAAAAUUAUAAAUGCAACCCUUUAGUUUUUGCCUCCAUUUUUCAUGAGCUGAACUCAAAGAUCUAAGACUUUUUAUAUGUACACAAAAGGCCUAUUUCUCUCAAAUAUUGUUCACAGGUGUGGCAUAUCAAAAUGCUGAUUAGACCGCAUGAUUAUUGCAAAUGUGUGCCUUAGGCUGGCCACAAUAAAAGGCCACUCUAAAAUGUGCAGUUUUAUUACACAGCACAAUGCCAUAGAUGUCGCAAGUUUUGAGGGAGAGUACAAUUGGCAUGCUGACUGCAGUAAUGUCCACCAGAGCAAUUGAAUGUUCAUUUCUCUACCACAAGGAGUCUCCAAGGCGUUUCAGAGAAUUUGUCAGUACAUCCAACCGGCCUCACAACCGCAGACCACAUGUAACCACACCAGCCCAGGACCUCCACAUCCAGCAUCUUCACCUUCAAGAUCGUCUGAGACCAGCCACCCGGACAGUUGCUGCAACAACAAUCGGUUUGCAUAACCAAAGAAUUUCUGCACAAACUGUCAGAAAACAUCUCAGGGAAACUCCUAUGCAUUCUCGUUGUCCUCAUCAUGGACUGGCCCUGACUGCAGUUCAUCAUCAUAACCAAUUUGAGUGGUGGCUGUAGGGUUAUGGUAUGGGCAGGCGUAUGUUAUGGACAACUAACACAGGUGCAAUUUAUUGAUGGCAUUUUGAAUUCACAGAGAUAAUGUGACGAAAUCCUGAGACCCAUUGUUGUGCCAUUCAUCCACAACCAUCACCUCAUGUUGCAGCAUGAAAAUGCACGGCCCCAUGUUGCAAGGAUCUGUACACAAUUCCUGAAAGCUGAAAACAUCCCAGUUCCUGCAUGGCACGCAUAUUCACCAGACAUGUUACCCAUUGAGCAUGUUUGCUAUGGAUCGGCGUAUACGACCGUGUGUUCCAGGUCCCACCAAUAUCCAGCAACUUCGCACAGCCAUUGAAGAGGAGUGGACCAACAUUCCACAGGCCACAAUCAACAACCUGAUCAACUCUAUGCGAAGGGGAUGUGUUGCACUGUGUGAGGCAAAUGGUGGUCACACCAGAUACUGACUGGUUUUAGUACCCCACCACCUCCCCAAUACAGUAAAACUGCAUAUUUUAGAGUGGCCUUUUAUUGUGGCCAGCCUAAGGCACACCUGUGCAAUAAUCAUGCUGUCUAAUCGGCAUCUUGAUAUACCACACCUGUAAGGUGGAUGGAUUAUAUCGACAAAGGAGAAGUGCUCACUAACACAGAUUUAGACAGAUUUGUGAACAAUAUUUGAGAGAAAUAGGCCUCUUGUGUACAUAGAAAGUCUUAGAUCUUUGAGUUCAGCUCAUGAAAAAUGGGGGCAAAAACAAAAGGGUUGCGUGUAUAAUUUUGGGAUAUAUAUAUAUAUAUAUAUAUAUAUAGAGAGAGAGAGAGAGAGAGAGAUGGAGAGAGAGAGAGAGACGCACACACACCCUAUAUAUGUAUGUAUGUGUGUGUAUGUAUGUCUAAAAAUACUUUCCUCUGUGAUAUCUGCCCCCCUUCCUUUAUUGGUACAUAGCCAAAUAUUUUUUUUUUAAUAACACUCACCUCAUCUGUGAAUCUUCCUAUUCCCUAGCUUUAUUGCAGGCCUAUUUGACCCUCUUAUCCAUCUCGUCCACAGUCUGAUUUUAAAACUGCCCUGCCUCACGUCAGAACAGUACUCGAUCCACCUUCACCUGAUCCAGUUGCAACAAGUAAGGUAGUCUUCUGGAGAACUUUAUUAACAUUUAGUGCUGCACAUUUGCCCUCCCAACCCACCCCAAGCUCAUCAUUCAAUUUAUAAAUAGAUUCUCACACAUAAUCAAAAAUAACAGCUGCAAACAUAGUCUCUAAUGAGCACUCUUCUAUAUUCUCUUAAUCCCUAACACUCAAUCGUUAUCUUCCUCAUUUCUGCUUGUUACACUCUAGCCCAGCUUUCUAUGUCACUGCAUCUUCUCUCUGUGUCGCCUCGGCCUACUCCCCCACCUAAAAGUUUUUUUUCUGCAAGUGCAUACCCAUCUGAAUAAUGCAUACCCAUCCUCUUAUUUUUUUUUAUUUCUCUCUCAAUAUCAAAAUCUCUCCUUGCCCCCACUUCCCUAAACAUCCCAACAACCUCCAAAUUUACCCCUCUCUACUACACUCCACACUAUUUUCAUCUCAUGCCCUGCACUCUUUUCUCUAUUUUCUCCAUCCUUCUCCCACACAAUCUCAUUCCAGACUCCAUCUCUCACAGGUGGUGGUCCGAAGACCAGAACCCCUGAGUGCCUGAUAAUGAUGGGAGUCUCAGCAUGGAAAGGACUAUCAGGGUCUGGUGCAGGGUAACUACACGCCCCUGGUGUUGUGCACCAGCGUUUGUGCGGCCACAUACCAGGGCCCUGAUGCAGCUUCUGCGGAUACCAGGUGCUUGAGGAUAUGCAGACCUCCCAGGAACUGGAUAGGGAUGCUCUGCAGCAGAAAUGUAUCCAGUACUAGAAACAAGGCAAGACUAGAACAGGCACCAAACAAGAUGACAAGACUAGAAGAACCAAGGAACCUUUGCAGGACAGGAAGCUGAACCCAGAACAUGUACACAAGACAUGAGGGAAACAUGAACAGGGCAGGACAGGACUAUGCAUGAACUGGGAAUACAAGACAAAAUAAAACAAGACAAGAGAUACAAGGCAAAACAAGAGGAGACAUAACGAAGUACUAUAUAUGUAAAACAUUGGAAAUUUAGACAUAUCUAAAUGGCCAAGAUGUAUGCAGCCCACCACUGCGCCAAAGUACUCCAAUUAUGGUGGGUCCUAACUGCCUAAAUAUGCAUGACUAAAUGAACAACAAUAAAACACACACAGUACUUACCUGCAGGGAAAUGUGCAGAGGAAUGAAACCACUGCCUGCAGGGACAGCCUGAAACAAAAAGGAUUAAAUGGCAAAGGAAUGGGUGUGGCAACAAAAAAACAAACAUUUAAAGGAAGUCAGGUGACUGGGAUUUCCAGGAACGGAAUAAAGGAAUGAACCCAGAAAACCCAGCAUAAAGAAAACCAGAAAAAUCAAGAAAAAAAUAAACAAGAAUUGAAAAAAAGAGUACUGGAUACCAGAAGCCAAGGCCAAACAUCUCCACAGAACAGGAUGUGACACCAUCCAUUUAAAACACACUCACACCUUCUGCCUCUAUUUCUCCUCCUGCUUCUAUCAGCUGGUGAUGUCUCUCCCAACCCAGGGCCUCACCUCCUCUGCUCACACUAAGACAACCAGAAACCACACAAAUGUCAUCCCAAUACAAUGCCAUCUAUCCCCAUCUACCAAUAUUCAGUGUGCACUCUGGAAUGCCUGCUCCAUCUGCAGCAAUAUAAAAUCAACAGCCAUACACAACUUCUUCAUCUCAAAUUCUUUCAAACUAUUUGGCUGUCCCCCUCUGAUAGCACUAAUCCUGCUUCCUUAUGUUUCGGUGUGCUAUAAUUCUCCCACACUCCCAGACCAAACAACUGCAAAAGAGGUGGUGUAGGCCUCUUUCUCUCCCUUCAAUGUACCUUCCAAUCAAUCUUCCCUGCCCCUCCUCAAUCGUUUCCUUCCUUUGAAGAUCACACUGUCCGACUUUUUUAAUCCACUCCUCUAAGAAUUGCCAUCAUUUAUCGCCCCCUCCCCUCCCAAUCUAGGCUUUUCAUUAAACACUUUGCUUCCUGGCUACUCCAUUUCCUCUCCUCUAGCAGUUCUUCCCUCAUUCUUUGGGACUUUAAUAUCCUAGUCAACAACCCCAACUGCCCUGAUGCCUCUUGUAUGUUCCAAGUAAUAAAGUUCCAGAUAGAAUUGAAAUUAAAAAACAAGCAAUAUAUCAAUGUAAAAUGGAAAGCGGAAUAAUCCAAGGAAAUUCUGUCGGUUUGAGGAAAUUCUGUACUUGGGAAAAACUGGUGGAUAAGUUUAUUGCUAGUAAUUAUAGCUUAUAAUAUAGUUGGUGUGGCCCCCAUUGUGCGUCUGAUCCUGGAGGGACAUUAGUAAAAAUGUACUUAUUAAUUUGGGAAAGUAAUAAGGGGAUGAUAAUAUCCUAGUCCCACGGGAUGGAAUGUGUGACAGGUUUGAAUUUUGGGUUUUAAUGUUUCCUCUAUUUUGAUAUCCAUGUUUUCUAUAGAUAUGGUUAUUUUGUAUUGAGAUACCCUGGUAAUGCCAUAGAAGGAUACUUACGGAUAUAAGUAUGUAAGAAAUGUAUAUGCAUUGAUUGAAUUAAUGUUUUUCUCUUAUUAACUCUUGUAUUCUGUUUUAAUUGAAAACAUUCUAGGGGUAAUUUUUUGAGAUGUCGAUAGAGGAAUUGUAUGCAUGUUUAUGUAAUUUUUAUAUGGAAAAAAAAAAAUUUUUUUUUGAAGAAAUAAAAAGAUAUUAAAAAAAGAGAAAAAAAAACAUUGGCAUCUCCUAAGACAAGAUGAUCUGCUCAAAGAAAUUUUACCUCCAGAGGCUACUCUACCAGGUAUAAAUCCUGCUUGAUCUUGAUGUAUCAAAGCGGGAAUACAAGUUUUUAAGCGAUCUGCUAAAAUUGAAGCAUAGAUUUUUACGUCUCCAUUAAGGAGAGAUAUUGGACGAUAAUUCGCCAAUUUAGCUGGAUCUUUGUCCAGUUUCAAAAUUGGGACAAUAUUUGCUUGAAGCAUCUCUUUAGGAAAUGUACGAUUCCCCACUAUCUGAUUGAAUAUCCUGGCAAGGCGCUCAGAGAGAGUAUCCCUAAAAAUCUUAUAAAAUUUAUUUGAGUAGCCAUCUGGGCCGGGAGCUUUGCUUAUCUGUAACUUAUGCAUAGCUGCUUUAAUAUCAUCAGAGGUUAUUGGUUUAUUUAUCUCCAUAAGUUGUUCUCUAGUUAUUUUUGGUGUUUUUUUAUUUUUAAAAUAUUCUGAUGAGGAAAGUUGUUGUCCUACUGAUUCCAAAUUAUAUAAUCGACUAUAAUAAUCGUUAAAGGCUGCCCCAAUUUUCUUUGGGCACAGUAACCGUUCCUUUUCAGUAUCGAUUCUAUGAAUCCUCCUUAAUUGUUUUUUGUUUUUCAAUUUAUUUGAAAGCAACCUAUCUGCCCUAUUGCUCUUAUAAUACCAAUUUAUCUUUAAUGAUUGUAAAUUUCUAUUUUUCUCCUCCAUUAAUAGUUGAUUUAUACUGUUUUGCGUUAGUAACAUUUUUUUACUUGUAUCCUGAGUUAGUGAGGCUUUAUUUUCUUUAGAUAGUUUGUAAUAAUCUACAUAAAGAUCUCUAAGGGAUUUCCCCUUCUUUUUUUUAAUCUAUUGUGCCCAGUUUAAUUAAAUAGCCUCUUGUAACGCAUUUGUAUGCAUUCCAUACGAUUGGAAGUGAAACUUCUCCCCCCUCAUUUUCUUGAAAAAACCUGUCUGUCAUUUCCUCAAUAUAUUCUCUGUUCUCUUUAUUAGAAAGAAUAUUAUCAUUUAAUCUCCAAUUUGUUCUUCUAGCACUAUUAUUCUUUGUGUCCAACUCCAAAAUUAUAGCAUUAUGGUCGGACCUUGUAACUUCAUCUAUAAGAACUUUUUUAGUGCAAUUGGCCAGACCGUCAUUACCCAAAAAUAAAUCAAUGUUUUUUUUAAUAGUUUUUUUGAUAAAACCACUUUUAUUGUUAUAGUUAAAAAUUAUAGGGAGAGUGGGGGUUCUAGAGUAUUUUUAUUCUUGUACAUUAGAAGGCUUUCUCUAGGUUUGUUUCUGACUGUAUCUAUAGUACUAUCAAGAAGUAUACAGGAAUAGUUCUUUUCGAUAAAUUGUUUCUUUAAAACCAGUGAUUGCUCAUUGAAAUCAUUUAUUUGAGAGCAAUUGCGACGUAUUCUCAAAAAUUGGCUUUUGGGAGCGCUUUCAAGCCAUGGUUUAUAGUGGCAACUAGUUUGGUCAAUUGCAGUGUUAGUACAUACUUUCUUAAAAAAUGUUUUCGUAUGUAUUUUGCCAUCUUUGAUAAAAAUAUUUAAAUCUAAAAAAUUAAUUGAAUUUGUACUAUAUUCACAGGUCAGAAUGAUACCUCUACUAUUAGAGUUGAGGUGUGAUAUAAAAGAAUUCAGACAAUCUUCUGAGCCCUUCCAUAUAAAAAACAAAUCGUCAAUGUAUCUAAAAUAGGAGACCAGAUUAUGCUCCCAGACAUGCCGUCCCCAAAUGGCAGUUGUGUUCUGGGUUUAGUAGCUCCAGUAUGAAAUAAUGAGAAAUCUAAGCAAGGUUUCUGAAUAUAGAUUUUAAUAUCUGUUUCACAUGUUAACAUGUGUUUGCAGUGCUAAGAAACCUUCCUCUAACUUGUGGUUGAGAGUUCAAUAUUUUUAAGUUUGCUUUAUGUUCAAUUGUGAUCAUUGUGCAGAAAUACAUUAUCAAAACAAAACAUUUUAUAUUUUAUAGGACAGUGUUACAAAAAAGGGCACUGAAAAUGAGAAACUGCGCACCCACUGGGAAAUAUUCAUGAAAGAACAAGAACAAAAGCGAUUGGCUGUAGAUGAAGAGCACAGAAAAGCAGUGCUGCGUUUAAAAGAACAGUACAACGAGAUGGGCAAAGAUCUCUCUAAAAUUGCUUUGCUUUAAGAAAGGUUCUGUCAACAUAAUCAACUGUUUGUUUGUUUUUAGUAUUGCUUGUGCAAAGAUCUGAAACAUCUAAGAAAAAAAACAACUUACAUUCAUUACCUCAAUUUAAGUGCCUAAAUAUGUGGUUCUGCCUUGCGCCAUGCCAGUUCAUAGCAGGGAUUGAGGCAGUGAUAAGCUGAUCAGUGUUCCACCUCUAUUUCACCAUUUUGGGCCAGGCGGUAUGCUACUGAGGACAGAAAAUCUCUGCUACAUGGCAAGUAAACCAUUAUUAAUCUGUGAUGUUAGGCCCUUGUGCCCGCAGACUCCAGGCACAAAAGCCACUUUAAUCAUUUGAAGUGGCUAUAAUAACUACUGUAUCCUUCUAAGGAAUUAUGUCAACAUUACUUUAAGUGUUACUCCGGGCUGGGAAUUACUUUUUUUUUUUUUUUUGGUGCUUUAUGCAACUGAUGUAGAAAUAAUGAUACAAAAGAAUAUGUAUAUAUAUAUAAUUCCUCAAUGAUAAAUAUCUGCAGACUGCAGCUACAUAAAUAAAUGGUUCCAGAAAGAUUAUUAUUAUUGCCAUUUAUAUAGCGCCAACAGAUUUUGUAGCGCUUUACAAUAUUAUAAAAGGGGGGGAUUUAGCUAUAAAUAGGACAAUUACAAGAAAACUUACAGGAAUGAUAGGUUGAAGAGGACUCUGCUCAAACCAGCUUACAGUCUAUAGAAGGUGGGAUGUAAAACACAAUAGGACAGGAAAUUGCAAUCAAAAUAGGAGUGAAAGGGAGUGAAGUAGAGCUGGAGGAGAAAGUAGAGUGCUGCCCUUCAGGAGAGAGCAAGAGACAGGUAUGUGAGGUAGAGGUUACUGUGGGAGGCCAUAAGCUUUCCUAAAGAGAUCGGUUUUAAGGCCAUUCUUAAACGAUUGAGGACUAGGGGAGAGUCUGAUGGCGGAAGGCAGGCUAUUCCAUAGAAAGAGAGCCGCCCGCGAGAAGUCCUGCAAGCGUGAGUUGGCCGUACGCGUGCGAGCAGCGGACAAGAGAAGAGGGGCUAGAAUUGUUCAGUGCUUUAUGAGUAUGGGUUAGCACUUUGAAUUGACUCCUAUAGGAUACAGGAAGCCAAUGUAAGGACUGACAAAGGGGUGAAGUGUGAGAGGACUGACUAGAGAGGAAAAUCAGUCUGGCGGCAGCAUUCUUUACAGACUGUAGCGGGGCAAUACGUUUUUUGGGAAGACAAAUUAGUAGAGGGCUAAAAUAAUUAAUGCAGGAAAUUACUAGAGCAUGGGCAAGCUUUUAGGUACCAUCUUGCGUAAGAAAGGGGCAGAUGCGAGCUAUGUUUUUAAGGUGGAAUCUACAGGAUUUGAUAACAUGCUGGAUUUGAGGCUCGAAGGUGAGAUUAGAAUCAAAUAUGACACCAAGACAGCGCGCUUGCAAGGAUGGACUGAUGUGGAUACCACUGACUUGAAGGGAGAGCGAAAGAAGAGGAUCAGUAUUAGGAGGUGGAAAGACAAGGAGUUCAGUUUUUUUGAAAGCGGGAGGACAUCCAGUCAGAAAUGGAGGAAAUGCAAGCAGUGACACAUUGCAGGACGGCAGGGGAGAGGUCUGGGGAGGAGAGAGAUUGCUGGGUGUCAUCAGCGUACAGGUGAUAGUGGAAUCCAAAUGAGCCAAUAAGUUUGCCAAGAGUGGCAGUAUAGAGAGAAAAUAGGUGACCAAGGACAGAGCCUUGGGGGACUCCAACAGAGACAAGAUGAAUGGAGGAGGUAUCAUUAGAAAAGGAGACACUGAAUGAGCGGUGGGAGAGAUAGGAGGAAAACCAAGGGAGGACAGUGUCACAGACACCAAGUGAUUGAAAAGUUUGAAGAAGGAAAGCCUGAUCAAUGGUGUCAAAGGCAGCAGAGAGGUCAAGAAGUAUUAAUAUGGAGUAGUGGCCUUUGGAUUUAACUGCAAUUAGGUCAUUAGUAACUUUGAUAAGAGCAGUCUCAGUAGAGUGGAGGAGGUGGAAGCCAGAUUGAAGAGGGUCAAGGAGAGAGUUGGAAUUGAGGAAGUGAGACAUACAGGUAAAGACAAGUCUUUCCAGAAGCUUUGAGGAGAAAGGGAGCAGGGAUAUGGGCCAAUAGAUAAAGGGGGUGGAUGGGUGGUUGGAUGUUUUUUCAGGAUAGGUACUACAGUAGCAUGUUUAAUGUCAGCAGGGACAAUGCCAGAAGAGAGAGCGCAGUUGAAGAUGUGUGUUAAGGAAGGCACAAGACAAGGGGAUAGAGAUCUGAUAAGGUGAGAUGGGACAGGAUGAAGCCUACUAAAACCCAGUUCAAAUGUGUGGGUAGUAAUAAAGGUCUUCCAAAGUAAAGUACUGUGGUUUGUGUUAUAUAAACCCUUUAGUAGAUGUUUGCAACAUCUGCUAUUUAUAUUGUUGUUUUGGCCCUCUACAGUCAAUAGGUGCCUGUUUGUAAUAGUUAUUUUUUUUUCCUCAGGCAAUACAUAUCUAAUACUAUGCCUCUUAAUGUAGCAGAGCAAUACAAUAAUUUUCUGUGACAAUGAGUUUGUCAUCUAAACUUUUUCUUGUUUAACUUUCGUGGUUUUCUAGCUUUUCCUACUGUCCCUGUUACAAAGCUGAGUUCAAGUGAAUACAUUUACUGACACAAAAGGAGUCGGAACAUAUAGAUCUAUUAUUUUUUCUGAUCUGACACAUACAACGUUGUCUUUAAAUAUUUGUGAAUAGAGUAUAAAGCGAUAUAAAAUUGGUUUGGAUUCAAGUAUAUUUCAAUAUAUUUUAACCAGUAACACAAUUUAAGAAGUACAUAUACACAAAUAGCAGUGAUUGGUGUGGCUGAAUAAAAAAACAACAACAUGUAAAGAGUGCUACUAUUGGGGUUUGCUCCUGGCAAGCCCAAUGAGAAAUACUACUAAAAAAAUGUAGAUCUGUGUUCAUUAAGUAUGCAUUAUUGCACAUUACCCCAUAGUAUGUUGAUACAUCACAGUCCAUGCAUGCGCUAUAAAGAGUCACGGAAGCGGACAUGCUCACAUUAAACACAAUUGCUGGCUGAGUAGGUCACAAUGAAGUCAGGCUGGUUUAGUUUGUUUUAAGAUGAUUAAGGGGUUUUAAAGAAGAACGCUUACAUCUCUGGAAAUCACACCAUGGAAUAAAACAUUAUAAAUCACCUUUACCUUACAUGUUUUACUGUGAUAGCCCAUUUUCUUUUAAAUUUAUAGUUAUGAUUUAGCAAAUGAGAAAUGAGAGCAAAUUGUGAAUGUAGAGCUCAACAAAAACAUUAAGGGAGAUUUAUCAAAGUGUCUGAAAAGAGGAUCAAAUAUGUAAAUUGGGACAAGUCACCAAUGCAAUGUGCCUGCUGUUUACACUGGUUUUAAAAGUGAUUUAUAGUACUUUUGCACCACUUUUCAGUACACACCACUCCCUCAAUGCUUGAUUCUCCUCUUCCAUGUACAAUUUUCAAUGGCAGAAAAGGACAAUAGUUGCAUCAAUGAUUGACAACGAGCCAAGAUAAAGGCAAACCAUUCCAGGAUUGUGAUACAUGCAACACUGGAUUUUUACAUUUAGUUUUCAAACCUCACAAUGAUGGAUACAUGAACAGUAUUUUUAAAAUCCUGGCAAGUGACAAUUCCCUUUAAAUUCUUAAAACCUCUAGUCGUUUUGAAGACAAGUUGAGAUAAAGGCCUUUAUGAAACUAAUGAAACUAAACAAAAUGUAAAAAAAUGUGUAAACCUGCAAAAGUGAGUGUGAACGCAGGAAUAAUUUACAACUAUGUUGUAUAUGCUUUUCAUAAUACACUAACAAAAUGAAGGUGUAAAACCAGUAGAGAGUGUGAGCUUUUUGGCUUUGGGCCUUUCAGCUGAAUGUGGAAAUGCUUUCUUUGAUCUCACUGAUAAGUUCGAAGCAGACAGCUGCUUUUGCUCUUCCCUGUCACUUAAACCUUGGCCUAGAGACCCUCUGUGCCACCGGCAUGUAUAUCUUAAUGACAAGUAUCGUUUGACAGGUCGGGGAGAGAUCAUUAAAUUUAAAUAUGUACAUUUGCUAGAAGAUGAAAUUUAAUGCUCCUCUAGUUUUGUGUACUCUGUGAUAUGUACACCUUAAGCACAGGAAUCUUAGCUAAACCAACAGACUGUAUUAAUCUUAUAAAUCCACAAGGUUCCAAGUCUGUAUGUAACAUAUAACCCUUGUAAACAUGGUUUUGUGCAUAUUGCAAAUCCGUAAAAGCAGUGGUUAAAAACUGAAGAAGCAUAUGUAAUUAAGGGGCAAAACUAUUUGAUUUAAAGUGAAGAGAUAUAUAUAACAUAUGUGUAAAAAAUGAAAAAUACAUAAAAAUUGACAUCCUAAUGUAAAUUUCACGAUUUAUGCUUGCCUUUCUCUUGGAGCUUCUCCACACCCGGAGUUUAAAGAGCUAUUUUAAGAUAUUUCUUUUUUGGUUAGAUUUUUUUUUUUUGUGUGUAAUUCUGCCUUAAAAAAAUACAAAGAACAAAUGUUUGUACACCGUACAAUCUCAAGACAUCUCUGUGGUUUGAUCUGUAUGAAAUCAGUCUGUGGAAACAAUUUUCUGAAAUCUGUUUGAAAUAAACAAAUUAAAUGCAAUAAUAAA